UGUCUUCAAUGUUUAGAUUUCAGUGAGCAGAAAUAUUUUGUUCUCCUUUGUAUUGUUAACAUGUUUCAUUAUCUUUCAUUUUGAAGUUAGACCUGUGGUGAGAGAUUUAUUGGAACAAAAGCCCACAACUGGAAGCAAACCACGACUGAAGAUGAGGGAACAGCAGCAAAUGAACCAGCCCGAGGACUGAGAGCAUCAACUGGAGAGAACCCUUCUGACUCAGGGUUUCCAUUGAUUCAGUCCGGAGCAAGUUCGCUGUGCAGACCAACCAUUCAUCUGGGCAGAAGAUGUUUUCAUGGCUUUAAAACUGUGGCACUUUAUAUUGACAGUAGAUCAAAGAAAAUCCCAGCUGUACAUCAACAAAGGGGGGAACCCAUUCACCUGCUGAGACAAUGGGAAUGGAUUCAGUCGGUCAUCUCAGCUGAAGGUGCAUCAGCAAGUUCACACUGGGACAAGGCCAUUCACCUUUUCUGUGUGUGAGAAGGGAUUCAGUCGGUCUUCCCACCUGUGGACACACCAGUCUGUUCACACUGAGCAGAGGCUGGUCAUCUGCUGAAUUUGUGGGGAAUGUUUCACUCGGUUAUCUGACCUAAUGGCUCACCAGCGAGUUCACACCGGGGAGCGGCCGUUCACCUGCUCAGACUGUGGGAAGGGAUUCACUAAAUCAUGUAAACUGAAGGUACAUCAGCGAGUUCACACUGGAGAGAGGCCGUUCACCUGCUCAGACUGUGGGAAGGGAUUUACUGUAUCAUCUCAGUUACUGAGACACCAGUCAGUUCACACUGGGGAGAGGCCAUUCACCUGCUCAGACUGCGGGAAGGGAUUCAUUCAGUCAUCUCAUCUGAAGGCACACCAGCGAGUUCACACCAGGGAGAGACCAUUCACCUGCUCAGUCUGUGGGAAGGGAUUCACUUGCUCAUUUAAUCUGAAGGUACAUCAGCGAGUUCACACUGGGGAUAGGCCGUUCACCUGCUCAGACUGUGGGAAGGGAUUCAAACUGUUCACUCACCUACUGACACAUCAGCGAGUUCACACUGGGGAGAGACCAUUCACCUGCUCAGACUGUGGGAAGGGAUUCAUUCAGUCAUCUCAACUGAAGGUACAUCAGAGAGUUCACACCAGGGAGAGACCAUUCACCUGCUCAGUCUGUGGGAAGGGAUUCACUUGCUCAUUUAAUCUGAAGGUACAUCAGCGAGUUCACACUGGGGAUAGGCCGUUCACCUGCUCAGACUGUGGGAAGGGAUUCAAACUGUUCGCUCACCUACUGACACAUCAGCGAGUUCACACUGGGGAGAGGCCGUUCACCUGCUCAGACUGUGGGAAGGGAUUCACUCAGUCAUAUCAACUGAGGGUACAUCAGCGAAUUCACACUGGGGUGAGGCCGUUCACCUGCUCAGUGUGUGGGAAGGGAUUCACAAAGUCAUCUGCUGUACUGAGACACCAGUCAGUUCACACUGGGGAGAGGCCAUUCAUCUGCUCAGUGUGUGGGAAGGGAUUCGUAGAUUCAUCUCAACUGAAGGUACAUCAGCGAGUUCACACCGGGGAGAGGCCAUUCACCUGCUCAGACUGUGGGAAGGGAUUCACUUGCUCAUCUCAUCUACUGAGACACCAGUCAGUUCACACCAGGGAGUGACCAUUCACUUGUUCAGUCUGUGGGAAGGGUUUCAAUUGGUCAUUUCACCUGCUGACACACAGGGAAAUGGCCGUUCACCUGCUCUGUCUGUGGGAAGGGAUUCAUUCAGUCAUCUCAACUGAAGGAACAUCAGCAAGUCCACACUGGGAAGGGGCCGAUCAGCUGCUCAGACUGUGGGAAGAAAUUCUCUCAGCCAAAUCAACCAAUUGUGCAUCACUGAGUUCACACUGGGGAGAGGCCGUUCACCUGCUGUGAACGUGGUGAAGUAUUUACGGUGGACAUGGACUGUGCCUUUAAAUGAGAGAGAAAAACUGUCUGCAGUACUGCUGCCUGCUUCUUGGUUGCCAUGGUGAGAGAGAGGCGGAGUUAUGUGAUGGACGGUUCGAUGUUCACAGUUGCUUCUUGGUUGCCAUGGUGAGAGAGAGGCGGAGUUAUGUGAUGGACAGUUCAAUGUUCACAGUUGCUUCUUGGUUGCCAUGGUGAGAGAGA